AUGGAUGUUACUGAAGAGCACGAAGAAGCAGCUUUGAAUGUAGACGACGAACGACAGCAAACGACAAUCGACGCACAGCUCUCUUCGGACACCUUGUCUUUAAGCAAUGGCACGCUGGAAGACAAUUUGCGUGCUAUGAGCGAUCAGAUGAAGCGUGUAAUGGCCUUUUGCAAGGCUCAGAGUGAGAACCCGCUACGCUUGCAGGAUAGGAUCUGUGACUUGAAGGAGCAGCUGCGUCAAGCAAUCGCGGAGAAGAAUUACUGGAUGAAGCGGUGCAAGGAUCUCACGGAUCAUCAGUCGUCCGCCAGCGAAAAGGUUGCUCAGGUUGAUAAGGCGGACCUGCAGCACGUUAAUACAAAUCCACGCAAACGUACAAACUCGGAACUGAUCUUUCUUGCCGACACGUGGACACAACCUGGUGGCGACGGCAUUUACAAUGAAGACACUUCCAGCGUCGUAGAGAGCGAUGCGUCUUCCUCCUACAGCGAGGCUGAGAUGGUAGACAAUGCGUCUGCCACGCGCUCACGCUUUCGACUGCUGCAGUGCUCGGACGAGCAGUGUGAGGUGUUCAACCGCACGAAUCGUAACAUUCGUACGCAGCAUCGCUCGCGUAAUAACGUGCAGCUCAUGUGGGACGAGCCACCGAAGGCAGUUCUCAUUGUGAAAAAGCCUAACGAACCGGAAACGACAGAUAUGUUGGUGCGAUUGGCUAUCUGGCUCCAUAAGGAGAAAAAUAUUGACAUUUUUUUCGAACCUUCUGUGCAUGAAGAGAUAUUAUUGCCGAAUACCAAGACGUGGGGCAAUACGACAGAAAAAUGGGAGACGUGUCAAGGUAAAAUCGACUUUGUGGUAUCCUUGGGUGGUGAUGGCACGGUGUUGUGGGUUUCCUCGCUCUUCAGCAAGAGUGUGCCACCUGUCUUCUCGCUAGCUAUGGGAUCGCUGGGGUUUCUAACUCCGUUCAGUUCCGAUAACGUUGAGGAGCAGCUUACAACUGUUAUCAACGGUGGCUUCUACAUGUCGCUGCGUUCGCGUCUUGCAUGCACCAUCUACCGCGGUGGCAAAAAGCGCGAAAUUAGUGGAAACCUGCACGCGCUGAAUGAAAUUGUGAUCGAACGCGGGUCCUCGGGCGCGCUUGUAGAACUCAAUUGCUACUGCGAUGGUCUAGAGGUCACCAAGAUUGCUGCGGAUGGCAUCAUCAUUGCCACGCCAACAGGCUCCACAGCAUACUCGCUUUCAGCAGGCGGCUCAAUGGCCCACCCUUCUGUGCCUUCGAUGCUGUUCACUCCUAUCUGCCCGCAUACAUUAAGCUUUCGCCCUCUGAUUUUCCACGACAGCGCUACACUAAAGAUUGAGUUUCCCGCCACCAGUCGUGCUUCAGCGUGCUGUGUAUCUUUUGAUGGCAAGAAUCGUGUGCGUAUGAAGCGUGGUGACAGCAUAGUCGUUCGUGUAUCGUCCUACCCACUGCCUUCAAUAUGUCGGGUGAACGAGAACCAGGACUGGUUUGAAUCGAUGAUAACUAAUCUCAAUUGGAACCAGCGCCGCGCUCAGAAGCCCUGGAAACCUCCUGUUUCUAGCAAGAUUUAG